AUGAAGAACAUUUUCAUUGGAUUAGCUGCACCGACCGUCUCUGAUAACAAUGAGUCAUCUUUAAUGAAGCGAUUUCCGGGUCAGCUCCCAUAUGCUCUUGGCCCUAUGAAUCAUGUCUGCAUGCAUUGCCACGCUUGCAGAUGGGGUCAAGAGAGAACGAAGGAGAACACCAAGGACAAAAAAGAAUUAUACAUGAAUUGCUGUCAAUAUGGCGAUGUCAAAUUGCCCAUGGCAGACUUCGACGGUCCACCGCUGCCGGACGACUUGUUCGAGCUAUUCACCUCAUCUUCUCCGCAGGCUAGAGAAUUUCAAUCCAACAUAACGUCAUACAACAAUGCUAUGUCUUUUUCAUCUCUUGGUGCAAAACAAGACCGUUCCGUCAUGGGUCAAAAGGGCGUAGGCAACGGUGGCGAAGAAGAAGUUGACAAUCGAUUGAAGCAUUUCAAGGAAGGCAAGCUUAAACGAGACAUCACGCGGAAGUUACAAGAUGUCAUGCACCGCGUCAACCCAUAUGCGAAAGUAUUCAGGAACGCGUCUGAUAUAUUAGCUACCCAGAAGAGCAUGACUAUAGUGCUUAAGUCGUUAUCGUCCUCGCGAAGGGAUGCGAAGACUUACAACAAGCCAAAUCCUGACGACAUAGCAGCAUUAGUUGAGGAGGGCAGUUUUCUGGAUGCAAAACCACGCCAUAUCAAAGUCAGUCGGAAAGAUGGCAAAUUACUUUACAUGACGGAUUUGCAUACUCCAUAUUUGUCUCUUCGAUAUCCCCUCUUGCUCCCAUACGGAUCCCAGCAAUGGGAUGACAACUACAGGUCCCCUACAAUGGGUACUAAUCCUGGUAGUGAGUUAGCAUAUCGUUCUCGAAAGGAAUUCUCCAUUGCUAAUUUAUGUGAUGAUUUAUAA